UAAAAAUCUGGUAACAUUAGUAACUUUGCUGUCAAAUGCGAAUUGUUAUGAAAAUAUCUGAGAAUUAAUUUUUUCUCUAAUUUUCUCCGUUACAAUAACUUUAACCGUCUAUUUUAUUUAUUAAUUUUGAUAACUCGAAACUAUAAAGUGGCCUUGCUUUUAAUGUUCCCAAAGAGUAGUAACAGUUGCCUUACAUUUUAUAGUGAUGCGUGUUGGGUUUUCUUUUUAUUUCCCUCAUAAAAUAUUUGUUUGUGGAUGAGAUGGAAGAGGUACGGCAGCUGGUGCAAGAAGAAGGCAGGGAAGCCAGGAAUCUAGUUGCAUUUCACGUAGCGGUGGACACACCGAUAUCGCGGGUGCAAACCCGUAAGCCACCACGCUCAGCGCCACCCCGUCGUCCAGUUGCUCGACCCUCGCGGCUGCGGUCUGCCUCCGCUGGACGAGACAAACGAUCUGAGCUCCGUGCUAGAUACUGGGCGUUGCUUUUUGGAGACCUUCAGAGGGCUAUUGGUGAAAUCUACAACACGGUGGAAGCACACGAAAAUCUAAACGAAUGUCAAGAAGUAAUACUUGUUUUAGAGAACUACACGCGAGAUUUUAAAGCAUUAGGUGAAUGGUUCAGACUCAAAUGGGAAUAUGAUAACACGCCUCCGCCACAAAGACCUCAAAGUCUAGCAUGGGAAAUUAGAAAAACAGACUUCGUUCGUCCCGAGUCCCGACGCACUCACUCCGUCAAGAGCUCUCCUUCAGUCUCUGGAAAAAAUAGCCCUUGCCUCUCUGGCCACAACACUCCGAGCGGAAAGAAUAGCCCAAAUCUCACCGGGAAAGCUAGUCCAGGCAGCGGGAAGAUCAGUCCACGCGUUUUAAGUCAUCCCACCACUAGUCCUAAGGCGAAUGUUGAAUUUUUCAGCAGUAAAAUAGCAGCUAAAAUUUCUCCGAAACCCGAUGCUAAGAUCGCCAAGGAUACGAUACGACUAUCUGAUAUAAAAGAAAAGGAGAGUAAAGACUUUGUCAAUCAAAAUUCCGUCAGUGAAGAUAGUAAUGUAUUUAUUCAGAAAGAAGCGUCGGAGAAUAAUAUUAAAACUGUUGAAGUAGGUAGAGCUAAAGAGAUCGCGAAUGUCAGUCCGAAGCACGUGAUCCUCAAAACUACAGCAAAAAAUGAUAGCAAAGAGAUGAAAACUAGCGAAACGAUCUCGGAACAAGCUAAAUAUACCAUAAGUAAACUCGACGCCAUGGAAAACGAGUUUCUAGCAAAACAGUUAAUAGUGAACGUCGCUAAAAACCAAAACAUGUUGAACAAAUCUAAGGAAAACGAAAUUGAAAAAAUAUUCAGUAACACCAAUACAAUUCGCAUCGACAUGAAAGAGCCAGAGAAUCAUAACGGUGUAAUUAUUAAAGUCGAGGACAUUAAUUCUUUAAUUGACGAAAAGCAAAGUUUAUCUACGGAAUCUCCAGCAAAAUCCGAAGAUAACUUCGGUGACGUUUCAAACGAUAGUUUCAAGUCAAACGACGAGAAAAUAGUUCAUGAAAAGACCGACAAAAAUAUUGAUGCUAAAGAGGAUGAAAGCAGUAACUCACAUCACAUGAAUAAACAUUCGUUUCUUCCCGCCCUUGAAUUGGCCAAUCUUGACCCCAUCGACAACAUGACGCCUAAUUUAAAAGAAUCUAAAAUAGAACUUGGUGAUAGUGAUGUUACAAAUGGAUAUUUAGAUUCAUAUAAAGACCUCGAAAAGGAUAGUGAUACCAUGAAAAAAGAAGAAAUGAAGAAACCUGAAUCAAAAACCGAAGUUAAAGUCCUUAGACCAGCUUAUUCUCAGGCAGCUGCUAAACCAAAACAAGCACCAGUAAAACCUGAAGUGAAAACUCCGACCAGAGUCUCCAACCUUCCCAAGAGUAAAGCUCCUUUAGAAAUACGACCGGCUACAGCACCCAAAACUCCGAAAAUGCCUAAAAGAAACCAAACAAGUAAAUGCAGCUAUCCCUUCAAUCUGACGACCGGACGAACUAGCCUAUUUGAUCCAGCGACGAAUAAAACAACUCUCAAGAAACCCGUUCGACACAUGGGUGCCGGUGACUCCAAGCCACCUACAAAGCCGGACACCAAGAAACCUUCACUCAGACCGACAUCCCUGAAAAUUAACGAAAAAGGUGAUAAACCGGAGAAGUUAAAUCCGACGCUAGAAAAAAUCAAAGACUGCGAUGAGUACAGUAGCUCUGAUACAAUCGUAACACAAAUCGAUAUAUCGCGAAUCGAAUCUAGUGAAAGUCUGAAAACCUUGAUUCCAGAAGACAAUGUUGGGAAUUCCGUUGAAGUUCUCAAUGUUGACAACAACGAUAAUGAGGGCUGGUUGACUGUUAAGUCAAAACGAUUGAGUCGCGAAUCAAAAAAGCAAUCAAGAUCACACUGGGCCAAUCGUUUCAACCAGCCGUCUGCUACAACCAGCUUACCGACGCUUAUGAUCGAAUCGCCCAAACAAGAGUCUAAUCCCAUUGUAACUUCAGCGCACAGAGCUAAGUCUGAGCAGCCUCAAUUUAACUUGGAGAACGCUCCGAGAGAACAGAAAUCUUUUGCGCCCGAACCUGCCAUAAUAAUAAACCAGAAAUGUAUUGAGGAAAUGUCAGAUUCGAACGUAAAGUCUGAUGAAGAAACAAAUUCCAAAGCUGAAACAGCUAUCAGUCCGGUGCCGAAGUCAUCAGAAGCGUAUUCACCGGACCUUCCUAAAUCGAAGGAAGAUUUUUCUAAUGCCGCUUCAAAAUCGGCCGACGAAAGCUCACCGCCGCUACUGAAAUAUGUGGAUGACUUGCAAAAGUCUGAUGAUCCGUCGAUAAUCCGUCAGAAAUCCGAUGUGACUGGCUUGAAGACUCGUUCAGCCAGAAACAAAGCCAUGCGCAAAGGCAAGGCGAGGGUACGAGACGACAUAGACCUGACCUCGAAUAGACUCCACUCGUCUCUAGAAAGUCUCACGACCGCGCUGUCCCGCUCCCAAGAGAGCACCGAAGAUAUGUUCGAUUUCGACAAAUGGAAGGUGGAGUUCGUGUCCACGUUCAAAUAUUCGGACGACGACGAUCAAAUGACGGACCAGAAUGACAUACUGCAGACGGCCGAUCCGUCGGAGAUGUCGGAGAUCGCGGAAAUGACCUCGCAGAUCGAGGAGAACGAACGGAAGAUCAGCCUGGCUCUCGACUUUCAGUCCGAAGUCGACCAACGGAAGCUGAGCGAGGAAGAGGACCUGCUCAAUCGCCAGAUAAUGGAGCUGCAGCAGGUUUCCGAUGUGGAUCUGGAUACAGAGACCGAUGACACGGAGACAGACGCAGAGCUGGUGUGCGAGGGUGCUGGACUGGAGGAGCAGUACGAGUCGGCCCUCGCCUCCAUGUCCUGGGCGGAACGAGUCGACACCCUCGGAGCGCUAGAAGCUCUCGUCGCCAGAGACCCAGGUCGAGCCCAGCAGCUGCACGCGAAGCUAUCGCAGAGCAUCAAGCGCCGCGGCAGCUUCCAGGACGCCCUCAGGAGGCUCCAAGCUAAACAGGCCCGGGCUGAGAGACAGAGACUGGAAUAUCAGACGGAGAGAGCUAAGAAGAUACACCAUCUUCUUGCUAGAGUUGAAGAAGUGAAGGUAGCCAAAAAUCAAUUGAUCGAAGAGAAAAGACUGAGAAUGGAACAGAGGCUGCAGAAAGCGGCCGAGAACAGAGACCAGCAUCUCAAGGACAUAGUACGUAAAGCUCACGACGAAGAGGAAAAGCUCCGCGAGAUAGCUUUCAUCAAGCAGCUGGAGGCUGAGAACAGACGCCACGAGUUUCUGGACCAGUGCAGGUCGCAGAACACCAGGCUGAGGCAGAUGAGGCGAGAGAGACUUACUAAACUCGCCGCCGCGGCAGCGCGGGAGGCGGCGGCGGGGGCGCGGCGGGCGGCGCUGGAGGCCGCGCGACGGCUCAGGGUCGCGUCGCUGCUGGAGCGGCGCCGCCAGAGGGACGCCAGGGUGCUGUCCCACCGCGAGCUGCUGCACCGCGAGCGCUGCCACGCCAACCGGGAGAAGGCGGAAGGAGUGAAGUCUCGACUGUCCGCGCUGGCUGCGGCCGCCGAGCUCGAGGCUGACGCUCUGAGGUCUCGGAUCCGGGACAAGCAGGACGCCACUCAGCUGCGGCUGGACCGGCACCUGCAGGCCAUAAGGGACCGGGCCACCACCAGGGUCGCGACAACAUCGGAGAGUCAAGAUGAGAAAACGAAAGAGGAGAAGGACAUUAAGGAGGCCGCCGAGCGAGUGGAGCGGGAGAGGAGGGACCGGGAGAAACAGAAGGCCAUCAAGAAGAGAGCCAGGAAGGUCAAGCAGAAGCUGCUGUCCACGAGCGACGACAUCGACCUCUCCGACCAGAACGACCACCCGUCCGGCAAGAUGACCAAGGUCAUCAACCAGAUAUCGGCCAUCAUGGCGCCGUUGUUGGAGCCGGGCCUGGUCGCCAGGAAGCACCACAACGGCUUCGAGGAGGAGGUGGUCAGAACGAAGAAGAACAAGAAGAGUAACAGGCUGAGCAAGAGCGGUUCCGUGUGUAGUUCCGGCAGCGACCUCAGCCGGGCGGGGGCGGAGCGUGGGGCGCCGCCCUGUCUCGACGUGCCGCUGCUCGAGAAGCAGCUGAACGAGCUGCACCGCAUGCUCGAAAAGGUCGACAAGCUGGGGCAUUUGAAGGAGCUACAAGAGAAGGCAGCGUACCGCAAGAUCCAAGGUCUGAAGGUGGUCGGUCAGAUGCUCGCCGUCGCCGCCGAGAGGGAGGACGUGGCUCCCCAGUUCACCACCAAGUGUCUGAGCGCGGCCGUGCAGUGCGUGGGCCGCGCCAUGGGCGUGUGCAGCCGCGGCUCCGUCGCCUUCGUGUGCGGCGCCACGCCCGUACACCUCGCCACCAUCCUCACUGGACUGCUCGAGAAAGAUCUAGAAGCAGAUCAUAAGGAGUUGGAGUUAGCGAAGCAGGUGUCGGAUUGUCUUUCAAUCGGACUGGACUCCGUGCUGUGCGCGACGAGGCUAUUUGUGGAGCGACGAGGAUUCGAUGAUGCACGGCUGCUGGCGACCUUGAGGAGCAGAGCCCACACCAUCAUCAGCUACAUCUGCCUUUGCGGCUGCAUUUCACGCGCCGAGAAGGCUGGCGAGGUCAGGGAAAGCAUCCAGACGUUGCUGACUGUCUGCGCAGACCUAUGCCACCCCUGCGAGGUUGACAGCGGUUCAGAACGGCUAUCGGCCAUCCAGUCGCUGCGUUGCGCCCUUGGGACCAGCGUCUGUGGUUCGAGGGCGGAGUUCUGCAUGCUGUUCGCUUCCGGAGCAGUCUUGGAGCAUAGCGGAGGGUUCGUGAAAGCGGCCAGGACCGCGCAUCUCCUACGAGCCCUCGCCGAACUGGACCACCAGAUCGUUCAGGAGGCGUUCGGUGAAGGCGGUUGGCCAUUGGAGUUCAGAGCGGCGGUGGCAAGGCUGCUGUCUCAACACGCGCCCAACGACAAGGAGGCUCCGAGGACCACGGCUCUGCGACUGAGUAAUCAGCGACUGGACCAGACGCUGUCGGAGGCGAUGGUGCUCGACCUCAUAGUGCUGGUCGGCUUCGUGGUCGUCAACAACCCUCAGCUGCAGGAAACGAUAUGCGAGGGUUGGAGCGUGAUAAAGACGCUUUGCACGCUGCCCGCAAAUUGGCUGGUGUCCAAGAACCACAGCCACGCGCUGCUGCCGACCCUGGUCGCGCUCUCCGAACAACCCUCGGCCGCCGCCGCCAUCGCCGCCGAGCUCAGCAUGGAGCUCCUCCAAGAGUACAUGAACAGCAAUGACGCCCAGAAAAUCAAAUUGGUCCAAGUCAUCAAGCAAGGUCGCAACAAGAAAGGAACAGGCAAAAAAUAAACAUAGAAACAGACUGAAAAAGUUAACGUGACGGAUUUAAUAAAAAAAUAAAAAACUUUAUCGUAAUCUUAUCUUAUCUAUGAUAUGUAUGAUCAUAUUAUUGUAUGUAUAUGUAUGUAAUCCAAACGUUAUGACAAUAGUGUUUUUUUUUUUUUCAUUCAUGUGAAAUUCCUAUAACUUAGCUAUUUUUCUACGACUCUUGAAUGUAUUAAUGGUAUAAAUGAAAAAAAAAAAUACGUAUUUUUUUUAAUGUCCACGUUCUAGCUUCAACUUAGUUGUGUGCACCAGUAUCGGAUGUAAAUUUAUAUUUAAUACAUAAUCGUGAGAUGUAAAGUAAGAUUUUUAAUGCAAUUUUACCUUUAUGUGUGACGUCACAUUAGUGCGUGGUCACUUGAUGACUCUUUUGCGUAAAAGAAACACGCUUUCGAGGGAAAGGGGAUUGUAAUUAUGUCGUCUUGAUAAAAUAAUGACUUGAAAAUUUGCUCGUUCCGGUCAUCCCGUGACUUUGGUAAAGUUAAUUUAAAAAAACCGUAAAACUGCAUUAAUACACUCGUAUAGUACGUUAUAGAAAUAAAUAGAUGUUGUGGUAAAUAUGUAACUUUGUAUAAAUGUACUUUUUCGAUUAUAUUCAAGAUGUAUUAUUUUUUACACUUAUAUAUUAUGUAUUGAAUGUCUUAUAAAUGUCGUGAGUGACUAGUUAACAUUUUUUGUGAGAAUUGCGAUUUAUCUGCAUCGUAUCGUAUGUGUAGGAAGGAUUUGUCAGUUUGUAAUAAAUCUAGUCUUUGAGAUGUUAAAUCUAUAUUAUCUGGGAAUUUCCUUUUUUUUGGGAAAAUAUCUUGUCAGGAAAUAAUUGACAGAAAGGUAACUAAAUAAAUAACAUUUCUAGCAAGUCAGGUCAAGGGGUAGCCUAUUUAAUAAAAGCUACCUGACUUUAAGUUCACCAAGCUUGUGACUUCUCAAUAAAACAAAAAUGAAUAGAAUUAAUUCGCUUUAUAAGGUACGUGAAGUUAUUUUUAAUUUUUUUAAUACUGUUUCGCGCGAUUUACAUCGGACAGUAAACCUACAAGAGUUAUCAUGUUAGUAGUAUCUCUAAGAUGUGUUUUUGAUUUGAUUUCAUUACAUGAUCGGCCUUGUCGAAUGUUUACUCACUAAAUUUUAAUCUCUACAAAGAACUGGGAGGUAUCAUUUGAGACGUCCUGUAUUUUUGUAAACCAUAUGCCGUUGCACUUGGACAUUCAAUGUGAAAUCCAUAAUUCGAAAUGAAAAUAAAUUGAAAUACUAAAAUCAAUCUAUAUAUGUAUAUAAAAAAUAAUUGCUGUUCGUUAGUCUCGCUAAAACUCGAGAACGGCUGAACCGAUUUGACUAAUUUUGGUCUUGAAUUAUAUGAAAAUGCUCGGAAUUAAAUAAAAAUAACAAUUUUGUUUUUCCUUUGAUAUGUCCCCCGUCGGACGGAUUCCUUUUUGUUUGUUUUAAGUUUAUUUUUACAAAAGUUUAGGUCUUUUACUUAUCGAUUGAGGCACUACGAAGUCUGCCGGGUCAGCUAGUCAUAAAUAAAAAAAUCAAUUCGUCCCUAAAAUUUUCAUACAUAACAACGUAUAAUGUUAGAAAGUAAAGAAAUUAGAAGAAACUAGAAACUAGAUUUAUUUAUUGACUGACGAAUCCCCUACAGUUUCGUGGCAAAUGCAUUUCUAAGAGAAUAAGGGCUGUAUUAUGAAACGCUCUUUAUUAGUCGACUGUGUAUUUUUUUUAGUCAUGUUUCUUAAUAUACGAAUCUCUGUGAUAGUGUAAAACUGAUGUAUUGUGUGUGUUAUUUAACAAAAAAAAUAAUGAAAUCGCGAAUGGAACCAUAAAAAGCUUUCGCGUGCAAAGGACCGCGAGAAGUAAAUAAAAAAUAAUGAAAAACGCUGAGGCUCUUGUGUAUCGUUAUAAUAAUUCACGAAACGGGGGAUUCAAUUUGUAAAAGUGUUUUAAAUAUUAAAUGUUUUUUUAAAAACAGCACAUCGUUUUUGUAAAAGUGUUUUUAAAAAAAUACCUUUACUUUAUUUUUGACGGUGUCAUCCGUGACGGUGACAGUUAUUAUUUAAGGACAAUUUGAUUAAAAAGAGUAAAAGCGUUUGUAUCGCCCGAAAGAUUUUAAAUAGUUGGGGUAAUUGUUUCUUCGCUAUCUCUCUCCCUUUUUUGCUUAAGAGCCUUAGCUAAGUCUUAGUUCUCAAACCUCUCUUGGCCCUCCGUAAUUCAACGAAAGGCCCCUUCUCAGUGGACGGAGGUUGGGAUCUCGUUCCUUUGCACGCUGAAGUAUUUCCCUAGACGCGACUUGACAAAUGAAAAAACAAAAAACGAAGAAAAACACUUAAUAUGGUACCGUAGUAUUUGAAGUUUUGUCGUGUAUGCGUGAAGGCUUUGUGAGAAAAUAAUAAUAAUUUUUCGAUUAAUAAUAUUUCUAUUUAAUUUUUUCCCUUUAUAUUUUGUGAUAUAUUUUUGUAUCGGUCUUAAAACUAAAAAUACUGUGAUUAUUUUGUUAAUUUCCUAACACCGAAAACGUUGGUUCCAUAAAAUCUGAAAAGAUAAUAUAUAUUUUUUUGUUCAUUUAUUUAAUACAUUAAGAAAUUGCGUUUAAGUUUUGAGGUCUUUGACCAAAUUAAGACGUACCAUUUCGUGAUUUCUUUUGACGUGCCUUCAUCUAAACCGUCUAACCAUGAAAUUCAUAUUUCAAUAUAAAUGUGCACAAAUAAACUUACCGUAAAUAUUUUCGUGUGUCAUGUCAUGUUUUACGUUGGCAAGGGUGCACCAUGCUAUUAACAUACUUGGUAACGGAGCUAAUAAUGAAGUCCCAUGACCACAGGUUUUGGUUUCGUUUGGUAAGAUAACUAGACUAUCACUUAAUGUCUUCAGUUCCCACCUAAGUGGAGUGGGGUAGAGAUGUAAUAAGGGGGGUAGCUGGCAAAGGGUAUAAUGAAAAGCGGCGGUGUGAGUUGACCCGUGAUCACAGCGUAGUGGGGAAGUAAGUGGGGGUUCCAAACAUCCCUCCUCGCUUGUACGGUUUCUUAUGUACAUGUUAUGUACUCAUGUAUACAUAAUUAUGUAAAAAUUCGAUUUGGAUCGUCUAAUUCAGUGUUUCCCAACCUUUUUUUGUGCCGCGCCCCACUGUAACAUUUAUAAAAUUUUUAUAUCCCCCAUACUAUUGAUUUGUUCACUUAACAUAAAUGAUAGGUUACAGGAAGAAAUCACUAUGAAAUUGUUAAUAGAACACAGUAAUUAAUAUUUCAAAACAUCAUAAAAAACUGGAAUUCAAAUUCGAAAUAAUUUUAAUACAGAUUUUCUAUAUUAAUUUGGUGCGAUUGCCCCCCUUAAUAAUUGUCCCCUUGUGGGGCGUGGGCCCCACGUUGGGAAACACCGGUCUAAUUUAUGAAUUUGUAGCCGGGUCUCAUACUAGAUCAUCAAACGCUUAAGCGACUGCCCUGAGAUUUACGUCUCAAUUUUAUUGCCGGCUAUUCUACCCUUUAAAGAGAAACGCCAAAUUAUUUCUCGACUGCACUUGGCAGGAAAGUGACAAGAUGAAUGUGUAGUCAGGCACUGGUUUCAUAAGAUGGACAUCAGCAGUCAGGAGAUGGGGACGUCAUGUGAGUCUCGGAUCCCCCAUACUAAUUUAAGUCUUUUUUUUAAUUGUUUUGUUGGGUGGACGACCUCACAACGCACCUGGUAUUAAGUCAUUACUUGAGCCCAUACACAUUUACGACGUAAAUGCGCCGCCCACCUUGAGAUAUCAGUUUUAAGGUCUCAAGUAUAGUCUAAGUAAUUGAAGUUAUAAACGAUUUCAUCUUGUCGAAGAGGUUCGGGGCCCGCUUAGCAACAUUUGGGCCGUGAGCUCGCACGUUUAUCCAAUGACAGCGAAGGUCAGAAUGAAGCUAUGAAAGUACUAUUGAAAAGCACAAUCUUUAUUAAAUCUUAAUUUGGUCGAAGGUAUCUUUUGUAUUAGAACUGUGAUUAAUGUCUUUACAUCAUAACUUUUGUGUUAAUUAUUAUUUUUUCGUUGUAAAAUUUCGUGUAUGUGGCGAAAAAUAUAUGUUAUUUGUGUAAAAUAAA